AUGGCCCCUUCCCCUGACACGACGCUGGGUCUACUAGGCACGGGCAAAAUCGGCUCGGCCGUGUUCACCGGCUUCUGCAGUGCCCAUGGCUGGCAGCCGCAGCACGUGUACGUCUCGGCGCGCACGAAGGCCAAAGCAGAGGCGCUCAGGGCCGCGUUCCCGGACCGCGUGAGCAUCAGCGCAUCGAAUCAGGAGAUCGUGGACCAGAGCGACGUCGUUUUUAUUGGGUUGUUGCCCAAUAUAGCGCGUCAAGAGCUGCCCAAUUUAGCGUUCGCCGGCAAAAAAGUCGUGUCCAUGAUGGCUACAAUCCCCUACGACGAGCUGCUGCAGCUGGUGAAGCUGCCCACGGAGAGCGUCGUGCGGUCCGUCCCGCUGCCUGUUGCUGCCAAGCGGACUGGUCCGAUUCUGGCGUACCCGGACAACGCGUUUGCUCGUGACCUGUUUGCGCAGAUUGGCACCCCUGUGAUGGUGGCCGAAGAGGCGGAGAUCACAAAGCUUACGGGCAUUACAGCACUCAUUUCGUUCUUCUACGCCACGUGCGACACUACACAGCAGUGGUGUGUCAACAAUGGCGUGGGCGGUCAGGCGUCGCGUGACUUCAUCUCGUCCUUCUUCCACUCACUAGCAACGGCAGGAGCUGAGUCGUCCGAGAGCUUUGGCGAAAUGGCCCAUGAAGCUGCUACGCCUGGUGGCCUGAACGAGCAAGUGCACUGUGCGCUGCAGGACAACGGCGGCUACGGACUCGUGGCGGACCAGCUGGACGCAAUCUAUAAGCGUCUGUCGGGAACUGACCCGGCCCCACGGGCGACACACAGCUAA